AUGGGGAAAGAACACUGUAAAGCUAUCAUUCUUAGGAGUGGUAAACAAACUGGUGAGCCGAUUACCGAUUCUACUGUAGCAUCCCCAGAUAUUGGUGACAUAUGCCCUGAUGGAAAGGUUGAUUCUGAAGAGCUUGUUGAUGUACUAGACAAAGAAGUACCACCAACUGUCGCUCACAUGAAUUACAUUCGACCCCAAAAAUUGUGGACGCAACCAAAGGUAUCGCCGCAACCGGAUGUCCUUCCACCUGUACCUUUUCCACAAAGAUUCAAGAGGAAUGAAAAUCAUAAACAGCAUCAGCAGUUUCUGGAUACACUGAAACAACUGCAGAUCAACAUUCCUGUAGUGUACGCUCUGGUAAAAAUUUCGAGUUUUGGGAAAUUUAUGAAAGACCUCUUGUCCAAGAAGGAAAAACUCAUUGAUGUUGAAACUAUUGCACUCACAAAAAGUUGUAGUGCUAUCUUGACAAACAAGUUACCCCCUAAAUGCAAACAUCCUGGCAGUUUUACCAUUCCAUGUUCGAUUGGCAAUCAAUAUUUGGGAAAAAAUUUAUGUGAUUUGGGAGUUAGCAUCAACCUCAUGCCACUAUCUACUUUUAGAAAGUUGAGAAUUGGACAUACGAAACCCACUGCAGUGACACUGCAACUGGCAGUGUAA